GGGCCGGGGCCUGGCCGGGCUGGAUCGGCACCUGGAACUGGCCGGGAAGGAGCUGCCGCCGGGCCGGGGCGGAGUGCAGCAGUGCGGCGCAGCUCGGGGGUCGCCAGGAGGGGCGCGUUGCUGCUGGCCCACCGUGAGCCGCCCCGAGCCCGCCCCGAGGCCCCCUUCCCGCCGGGCCGCCUGCCUCUGCUUUCCGCCUCGCCCCAUUUCCCCGGAAUCCCAGCCCGGCGCGCCUGGACCCCGGCUCUCCUCUGGGUGGGGAAGCUUCUGGCCUCUUUCCCGCUUCUCUUCGUCCUCCCAGACUGGGCUUCCAACUCUCUCUCUCCUUUUCUUGGACUGGGUCUCACCCCCUCCGGUUCCCUUCCUUUAGCUCAGCUUCCCUAUCCCUUCUCUUAGCCGAGUCCCAGCACCUCAGACACUCUCCUCAGCCAAAGGUCCUAGCCUUCUUUCCGUUCCCUCACUGCAGGGUCUAGCCUGUCCUGUCCCCUCUGUCCCCAGGGUGCAGUUUCUUCCAUUCCUUUCACCCAGGCUUGGAGCUUCAGAUCUUUUGGUUUUCCUCCACGGUCCUUCCUAGGUCCUUGUCCCUCCUCUCCAGUUUGGAGUUCCGGAUUGCCACCCUCGCCUGCUUUCACCUCUACAAAGGCUGCUUCUAUGACAAUACCUCUCUAAAACAUGAGUGUUUCCUAGACACUGUCCCAGUCCCUUCUUCCCACCUGCUGACCCCUAUGUCCCAGGUCUCACUUUCACUUCAUUAAGGGCUGAGGCCUCCUGGGCUAAAAAGGACCAGGCACCAUGCCUAGGGGGCUUUCUCCACCUCGGAUCUUUGCCUUGCUUGUGGUGUUCGCCUUGGUGGAGCUGCUACCUGUUCUCAGGAGCCAUGGCCUCCAGCUCAGCCCAGCAACACCUGAGCGCUCAAUUGGAGAUGUCACCACUGCCCCACCAGAGGUACCCCAUCACCCAGAAAGCCAUCCUGUUAACCAUUCUGUCUCUGACCAUGGCAUCAAGCCGCGAAAGGCCUUUCCAGUUCUGGACAUUGACUACGACCACGUGCGGAGACCUUUUGAAAUUGCCCUCUGGAUUCUGCUGGCCUGCCUCAUGAAGAUAGGUUUCCAUGUGAUCCCCACCAUCUCCAGCAUCGUCCCAGAGAGCUGCCUGCUCAUCGUGGUGGGGCUGCUGGUGGGGGGCCUGAUCAAGGGUGUGGGCGAGACGCCCCCCUUCCUGCAGUCGGAUGUCUUCUUCCUCUUCCUGCUGCCUCCUAUCAUCCUGGACGCCGGCUACUUCCUGCCGCUGCGGCAGUUCACCGAGAACCUGGGCACCAUCCUCAUCUUCGCUGUGGUGGGCACGCUGUGGAAUGCCUUCUUCCUGGGUGGCCUCAUGUACGCCGUGUGCCUGGUGGGCGGCGAGCAGAUCAACAACAUCAACCUCCUGGACACCCUGCUCUUCGGCAGCAUCAUCUCCGCCGUGGACCCCGUGGCCGUGCUAGCUGUCUUUGAGGAGAUCCAUAUCAACGAGCUCCUGCACAUCCUCGUCUUUGGGGAGUCCCUCCUCAACGACGCUGUCACCGUGGUCCUGUAUCACCUCUUCGAAGAGUUUGCCAGCUACGAUCAAGUGGGCAUCGUAGACAUCGUCCUCGGCUUCCUGAGCUUCUUCGUAGUGGCCCUGGGAGGGGUGUUUGUGGGCGUGGUCUACGGGGUCAUUGCAGCCUUCACCUCCCGAUUCACCUCUCACAUCCGAGUCAUCGAGCCACUCUUCGUCUUCCUCUACAGCUACAUGGCCUAUCUGUCCGCCGAGCUCUUCCACCUGUCCGGCAUCAUGGCUCUCAUUGCCUCAGGGGUGGUGAUGCGCCCCUACGUGGAGGCCAACAUCUCCCACAAGUCCCACACCACCAUCAAGUAUUUCCUGAAGAUGUGGAGCAGCGUCAGUGAGACCCUCAUCUUCAUCUUCCUGGGCGUCUCCACGGUGGCCGGCUCCCACCACUGGAACUGGACCUUUGUUAUCAGCACGCUGCUCUUCUGCCUCAUCGCCCGUGUGCUGGGAGUGCUGGGCCUGACCUGGUUCAUCAACAAAUUCCGCAUCGUGAAGCUGACCCCCAAGGACCAGUUCAUCAUCGCCUACGGGGGCCUGCGAGGGGCCAUCGCCUUCUCCCUGGGCUACCUCCUGGACAAGAAGCACUUCCCCAUGUGUGACCUGUUCCUCACCGCCAUCAUCACCGUCAUCUUCUUCACCGUCUUUGUCCAGGGCAUGACCAUUCGGCCCCUGGUAGACCUUUUGGCUGUGAAGAAAAAGCAAGAAACCAAGCGCUCCAUCAAUGAGGAGAUCCACACGCAGUUCCUGGACCACCUUCUGACGGGCAUCGAGGACAUCUGUGGUCACUACGGCCACCACCACUGGAAGGACAAGCUCAACCGAUUUAACAAGAAGUACGUGAAGAAAUGUCUGAUAGCCGGCGAGCGCUCCAAGGAGCCCCAGCUCAUCGCCUUCUACCACAAGAUGGAGAUGAAGCAGGCCAUUGAGCUGGUGGAGAGCGGGGGCAUGGGCAAGAUCCCCUCUGCCGUCUCCACCGUCUCCAUGCAGAACAUCCAUCCCAAGUCCCUGGCUGCUGAACGCAUCCUGCCAGCACUGUCCAAGGACAAGGAAGAGGAGAUACGUAAGAUCCUAAGAAACAACCUGCAGAAGACCAGGCAGCGGCUGCGGUCCUACAAUAGACACACACUGGUGGCCGACCCCUACGAGGAGGCCUGGAACCAGAUGCUGCUCCGGAGACAGAAGGCCCGGCAGCUGGAGCAGAAGAUCAACAACUACCUGACGGUGCCAGCCCACAAGCUGGACUCGCCCACCAUGUCCCGGGCCCGCAUUGGCUCAGAUCCGCUGGCCUACGAGCCGAAGGCAGACUUGCCUGUCAUCACCAUCGACCCAGCCUCUCCGCAGUCACCUGAGUCUGUGGACCUGGUGAACGAGGAACUGAAGGGCAAGGUCCUGGGGCUAAGCCGGAAUCCAGGGAGAGUAGCAGAGGAAGAGGAGGAGGAGGAUGGAGUCAUUAUGAUGCGGUCCAAGGAGCCCUCCUCCCCCGGCACUGAUGAUGUCUUCACUCCUGGGCCCAGUGACAGCCCCAGCUCCCAAAGGAUACAGCGCUGCCUAAGUGACCCAGGCCCCCACCCCGAUCCAGGGGAGGGGGAGCCGUUCAUCCCCAAGGGGCAGUAGUGCCAGGCCAAGGGGCAGCACCUGUACAACGGACCUUCCCACCAGAGCGGGGAUUGGAGGGGAGCUGGGGGCUCCCCACACCCUUCCUGACCUGGAUCUGGAUCUCCGCCCCUUCCUCCCUCCGCAUGGCAGCUGGGUCCACAGCCCCUCCUGUAGCACAGCUUCCUCCCGCCCCUCCCAGCAGAACUGCCUUCGCCAUCUCUCCUACCGGGCAGAGCUGCUGGGCUGGCGAGGCAGCCCUUCUCCCCCAGAUCGGAGCUCGCCAUGCCUGGACCACGGCCUCGCAGGCUGCAAGGCCGUGCCCUCCACUGCAGCGCCCUCCUCCUUCCGACCAAAGAGCCUCUGGCUCAGCUGUGGCCCCACCCAGGACCCCCAGGAGCUGCGGCCUCCUGGCCUCUGCCCGGUUCCCCUUUGCUCCUGGAAGCCAGGUGAGUGACUGGAGGAAGGGCCACCCCACUCCUGCCAGCCCUCACCCAGCGCCUGAGGCGGAGGGCAUCUCGGAGCCUCUCUGUGUGGACAGUGAACACUGGGCGUCUCUGUGGCCGCUACCCAGCAAGGGACCGCUGAGCCCCCCGGAAGUCCUGCCUUCACAUUCGGAUCACUCCCACUUCCGUGUCCGCUGCUGUUCACACAGAGGCAGUCCUGGGUUUUAGCGUAUCUGAAACCCCUCUCCCAGGACCUCCAGCUCUGGAGAGCCCUCCUCAUUAGUGCCUGUCUGUCCCGCACCCUGCCCCCGAAUCAGUCCUUUGCCUCCUGGGCUCCGAACUUUUGCUCAAGGCUCCGAUUUUAGACGUGGCCCUAACCUGUCCUGAUUGACCAAUUUCCCGGGCACAAGGCCUCCGGGCACCUGCCUUGCUCUCAAGUCUGACCCUCACUCUCUGCUGGCCUUUGUUUCUUACUCUGUGUCCCCCACAAGCCUCUCUUCCUGGUAAGAGGGCCUCCCCCCGGGCCAUCGCUGCUGGGGUGGACAGAGCCCUGGGUCCCCAGAGGCCUUUGCUCACAGGCACACAGUCCCAUUCCCGCCCCCCCCCCCCCCCGCCAUAGCUCAGGCAGGGCCUUGCCUGUCUGGACACUCCCCCUCCCCCAGGAUCGUGCAAUAGUCAGUGGCCCUCCGCCAGGGGAUGGGGCCCUCUGUCUCUCCUCUCCAUGCAAGUGCUGUUUUGGGCAGAAGUCGCCGUGCAAGGUGACGUCGACAACCAUGUACAAAGCCACCGCAGCUGCUGCCGCUCUGCCACCUGUACAGAAGAAAUUGAACCUUUUUUUCAUAUUCUAAUAAAUCAAUGUGAGUUUUUGAUAGA